UUGGCUCUGGCUCCUGCGCACCCUUAAAGUUGCGAUUAGAGUGAGACCGUUAAGAAAACGCGAGAAAGAAGAGAAUCAAACGAUACAAUGGGUAGUUCAAGGGUACUGUAUUGUCUCGACCGAUCCGGAGAUGAAAAAGUGUGGAGAUGGAGGAUUUUGCUCCGAUUACGUCCACAGAUUGACUAUAUGUUUGAUGCGGAUUGCAAACACUAUCAAAAGGGAAUUUUUAUUAAGAGUAUCAUAUUUGGAGCUUUACAACGAAAGAGUCAACGAUUUAUUGAACAAAAAUAAUACCGAUUUGAAGCUUAAAAAGGACAGUAACGGGCAAAUAGUCCAGAAUUUGUCCACAAAUUGUCCAGAGAGCGUGAUAUCUUUGAUGAAAAAAGGAGAUAAACUAAGAAGAAUUGGAGAAACUAAUAUGAACGAACGUAGUAGUAGAAGUCAUACCAUAUUUAGAAUUAUAAGUUCACUUCGAGCCAAGCGUGCUUUGGAAUACACUGUUUCGACAAAUGUAUAUUUCUCACUUAGACAAUUGAAAGCAGAGAAGUUGAAGGAGAUUCAGAGGAUGCUAUACAAAUCUCGCAAUCGAAUCUAUUAGAUCUCGCUGGUUCUGAAAGGGCACGACAAAUGGGAGCAACAGGGGAAAGAUUUAAAGAAGGAUGACCCAUUAACAUGUCUCUGUCAACCCUAGAAUUAGUAAUCAUGCAAUUGAGCGAAUCUCAAGAUAGCCAGAAACAUGUUAAUUUUCGUGACAGUAAAUUAACAAGACUGUUGCAGACUUCGCUUGGCGGUAAUGCUAUGACGGAUAUACUGUGCGCCGUGACUCCAGCUGCUUUGGAAGAAACUCAAUGCACUUUGUCGUUCGCAUGUCGCGCUAAAAGUGUAAAAAACAAACCAGAAAUUAACGAAGUUAUGUCCGAUGCAGCACUUUUGAAACUAUACGCGAAACAAUUAUCGAAACUUCAAGCAGAAUUACAGAGAAUAAAAACAGAAAAUCGCGUAGCAGAAGGUAAAGCAAUGGAGUCGAAAUUACAGGAAAAAGAACGCGUCAAUCAGUUGUUGGAAGAGCGUAUAGAAUUGUUGAAGAUGCGAUCGUGUCUGGAAAUACUACGAAUCAAGAAUCGUUCAAGUAUAAAUCUAAACGGAGACAAACAUGGGGUGGUUCGGGAUUAUUUAAUCAACAUUUGCCUUCUUUUAAGCCUGCAACUGAGUUAUCGCCUAUAAAAAAAGUGUCUUACGAGAAGCCACAUAACAGGAAGAGUAUCAUUAAGUCCGCCGAUAUAAUAAAUCAAACAUUUCAAACGGCUUUCACCGAUUUCGAAUUGGAAUUAUUUGAAAGUGGAAGAGUUCGCGAAAGUAGAGAAGACGUUACCGACAGUGACGACGAAUCGAUCGCCACGAAACGUAAUUAUCGUGUUACAUUUAUGGAUGAAGUAUUAAUCGCUAGAUCCAAGGACAGUAUAACACCAGAAAAAAUUAAUCUUAAUAUAACACCAGAGAAAUGUGACACGGCAACUCAAAUGAUAAGUUAUGAGAUGUCUCCUACCACGCAGAAACAUAUUUUACGACAAUGUAUCGAAGAUUUAACAAAGGAGUAUGUGGAACUCUGUCAAUUUACAGUUAUGGAGAAGCAACUGAUAUGCCAACAAACAAAAUGUAACGUUGAGAGUCUCGAACAGGAUAUAGAAACUCUUCGAAAGACUAUUUCUUUACUGAAAACUGAGAAUACGGAAAUAGCUGGCAAAUUAGCCACAGAACAAGAAAAUGCAAAGAGGGCGGAGCUUGACUUUCAAAAAACAAUCACAAUUACAGUGGAGAAAAUUAAUUUGGAAAGCAAUUUGGAAGCUUUGAGCGACGAACUGAAGUCCACGCGUUCCAGAAUAACGGAAACUCGAUGCGAGGAACAAAUUGUUGCGACGUAUCAAAAUAAAAUCGAUAACUUAACAGCCGAGAACAUCGAAUUAUCGACUACUAUCGUAGAGAAGAAUAACAAGCUUAAAAGUAUUAAAGAAAGUAAGUCGCUCUUGUACAAUGACGAAUGCAUUUAUAAGGAAGAAGUAGCUGUUCUCGCACAAAAGAACGAAUGUUUAGAAUUACAGAAUAACGAACUUUCUACGGAUUUGAUAGACAAAAUAGAAGAAAAUGAUACGCUAAAGGAACGAUGCGAUAUAUUGCAAAACAAAAUAGAUCAAUUUCAGUUAAUGAAUGAGAAUUCUGUUGAGAAUUGCGAGGAUCAUUUAAAAUCGCAGAAUAACACGUUGAAGGCAGAAAUUGCAGAAUUGAAAGCGAAAAUGACGAUACUUUCUGAAGGGAACACUAAAUUUGCCAACAACUUGUUAGAACCAAUGGAAGUUUUCGAUCGCCCUAAAUGUGAACAAUUACGGGAUACGUCGAUAACAUUCAACGACAGUAUCGAGACUACAAAUUAUAUCGACCAAAAUAUUGUACAAACAGAAAACCGCGAUGUACUCGCGGGUAUAGUUACAACGUUACAGGAGAAAAUCGGUUACUUGACUCGCUUAAAUAAAAAGCUUAGCGACUUGAAAUUAACUACCUGUAGUCAGUACGCGCACUUGAGAAAUUUGAACAAGAGUCACAGAGCCCUUAAACUCGAGAAGAAAGCUCUGACUCAGAAACUAGAGGACCUGCAAGGUAAAUUAGAUCGCAAGUGCGUAGAUGUCGAAAGGUUGAAGGGAAUAAUCAGCCGAGAAUUGAAUUCGAGCCGACACGAUGUUUCUGCGAACGUGAGUUUCGUGGACGGCGGAAACGUGAGCUUCGUCGAGAAGAGAAUUCGGAAUCUGAACGACGAGUUAUAAACGUUAAAGGCAAAUCAUAAUAAAUUAUCAAUUCUGUACGAAGAUAAGUGUAACGAGUUUACAGAGUUCCAGGUUCAGGAGAAGACCACGGAUGCAACGAAUACCGAGUCAAAGGACCGUUCGAGUGAGAGUAGACGCAGAAUAGAACAAAUACAGAAUCAUAUCGACUUAUUGCCAGACGAUAUGCACGAACUCAAGACGAGGAGCGUGGAUUUCACUGUUACGCUCGGCGAAUUGAAAAAUGAAAAAGAAAUGCUCUUGGAUGAAAUCGACGCAUUGAAAGCUGCUAACGAGGAGCUACGACGGGAAGUAUCUAGUAACGAGAACGCCUUGAUAGAGAAAAUACGAGUUUUCGAGAAAGAAUUGUCUAACACGUGAAUGGAGUCACGGCGCACAGUAUAUCCGUCAUAGCAUUACCGCCAAGCGAAGUCUGCAACAGUCUUGUUAAUUUACUGUCACGAAAAUUAACAUGUUUCUGGCUAUCUUGAGAUUCGCUCAAUUGCAUGAUUACUAAUUCUAGGGUUGACAGAGACAUGUUAAUGGGUCGUCCUUCUUUAAAUCUUUCCCCUGUUGCUCCCAUUUGUCGUGCCCUUUCAGAACCAGCGAGAUCUAAUAGAUUCGAUUGCGAGAUUUGUAUAGCAUCCUCUGAAUCUCCUUCAACUUCUCUGCUUUCAAUUGUCUAAGUGAGAAAUAUACAUUUGUCGAAACAGUGUAUUCCAAAGCACGCUUGGCUCGAAGUGAACUUAUAAUUCUAAAUAUGGUAUGACUUCUACUACUACGUUCGUUCAUAUUAGUUUCUCCAAUUCUUCUUAGUUUAUCUCCUUUCUUCAUCAAAGAUAUCACGCUCCUUGGACAAUUUGUGAUUUCUUCUUUAUAUUGUAAAACUAUUAAAAAUUAAGUAAAAAACGCUUGGCGAGACGAUAGAUUUACUUCCCCUGAUUACGAAAUGUAUAAUUAUUAUAUGUUCUUUUCAUUAUUGUGCCCGAAAAACGGGAAAAACUAUCUAGUAGUUCGCCUACUCUCCGUUGGUGGCGCCAGUUUGUCUUCAUUGGUAACACCACGUUCGAUCAUAUGUACUCGUAGAUACGGCCUGUAUACAUGGAUCUACGAAUCGAAGUGAAGAAAAGAUAACGGGAAAAGAUGCUCUCAUGUGAUGUCACUAGAUAAUAUUUCUAGAUCAUUCAAAACUAUUUUAUUUUGUAACCAAUAGUUAUAAAUAAAUAACUUUACUCUUGA